AUGAGAAAAAGAAAAGGAAUACCGUCAUUGGCCAUUGGAAGCCAUACUUCUUUGUUUCUGUAUGAACAAUUUCUCUCUCCUAUAUCACGAAGCUUGGGCUCUGGUUAAGAGCAAUUAGCUGCCAACGCUGAUACAGAGAUACAAGUUAGGCAAAGCGAUGAGGCCUUGCAGAGGUUUACUACGAGCGGGGAUAGGGCAGGCCUAAAGGCCUCCCUUGCUUGGUACAUGGAUGACCAUUCUACGUGCGAAGAGGCGAGACAGAAUUCCGCCACUUAUGCUUGUCGUAGUCGAAACAGUGAUUGCUACGAUGCUUACCCUGGAGCUUCCUCAGAUACUAUUGGAUACUUUUGUCUGUGUUCUUUAAGUUAUGAAGGCAAUCCAUACCUACCAGAUGGCUGCCAAGAGACAAAGUCUACCUUCAUUCCGGCAAACGAUUGCCCAGUGGAAUGUGGGAAUGUAACUGUUCUUUACCCGUUUGGGCUGAAGGAAGGUUGUUACCGAGACGAAGCAUUUGCUCUGACAUGCAAUGAGAUUUCCGGUGCAUCGACUCUCCUAUACCAAGACUACGUGGUGACCAGCAUUUCUAUAGAGGACGGACUGUUGGAUCUCUAUGCGCCUGGCUAUUUCUCCUACUUCUCUGACAAAGCCACACCUUUGACUUACCUCAGAGAGCGGAUCUACUUUAGUUGGGUAGUGUCCUACCAAUCUUGCGAGGAUGGUGGGAAGAACAUGACCACCUUCGCCUGCGUCGACAGGCACAGCUCCUGCAUAGACAUAAAUACCACAAGCACUGGUCAGGCACAAGGCUAUCGAUGCGAAUGCUUGCAGGGUUACCAGGGAAAUCCUUACAUUAACAAUGGAUGCCAAGAUAUCAACGAGUGCAAUUUUCCGGAACGAUAUAUUUGCAAUGGAGAUUGUACAAAUACAGAAGGCAGUUUCCGUUGCACUUGUCCCCCAGGAACCUCUGGUGAUCCUAGACACGCAUGCAUCCCUAACAAAAAGCAAACUCUCUUGUUAGGUGCCAUCCUUGGUGCAAGCAUUGGCAUUGGCCUCCUAUUGUCAAGUCUACUGUUGGUCAUCCUGUCUAGGAAAUGGAAGAUAAGGAAACAGAAGAAAAUAAGAGAAAAGAAUUUUCACCAAAAUCAUGGUUUGUUGUUGCAACAAUUAAUUUCUUCAAGUGAAUAUUUUUCAGAGAGAACAAAGAUAUUUUCAUUGGAAGAGUUAGAGAAGGCAACAAACAAUUUUGAUGAAAGUCGAGUGCUUGGUAGCGGAGGGCACGGAAUAGUUUACAAAGGAAUUUUAUCUGAUCUACGAGUGGUUGCCAUAAAAAAGUCAAAACUUGUGGACAAGUGUGAGAUAGACCAAUUCAUAAAUGAGGUUGCAGUUCUAUCACAAAUUAAUCAUAGAAAUGUAGUUAGAUUAUUCGGAUGCUGCCUAGAAUCUGAAGUCCCUUUAUUGGUUUAUGAAUUUAUCACUAAUGGAUCUUUGUUAGACCAUCUUCAUGCACCGGCUCAUUCUAAACUAUCAUGGGAUGAUCGUCUAAGGAUACUUGUUGAAUCUGCUGGAGCUAUUUCUUAUUUGCAUUCUGCUGCUUCAAUGUCUAUUUUUCACAGAGAUAUAAAGUCAUCAAAUAUUCUUUUAGAUGAAGCUUUAAGAGCAAAAGUAUCAGAUUUUGGAGCUUCACGAUUUAACCCUCUUAAUGAAACUCAUAUAUUUACUACCGUCCAAGGUACAUUUGGGUAUUUAGAUCCAGAGUAUUAUCAAACUGGUUUGUUUACUGAGAAGAGUGAUGUUUAUAGCUUUGGUGUUAUUCUUCUAGAGCUCUUAACAGGGAAAAAACCCACCCGUGCAACAAGAAUAGGACCACAACAAAAUCUAGCUAUGCAUUUUCUCGAAGCAACAAAAGAGAAUAGAGCAUUUGAUCUUGUAGAGGAUCGAGUCAUGAAAGAAGCAACGAAGCCAGAGCUUGUUGAAUUUAUUCACCUGAUUGAAAUGUGUCUAAGUUUGGAAAGUGCCAAAAGACCUACAAUGAAAGAAGUUGAGUACAAAUUACAAUGCAUGAGAAAAACUAGAAUGAAAAAAAUAAAACCAAGUAUUGCAGAUAAAAAGGAAUUAAGUGAAGACUUGAUAAGUAGUAGUGUUUCAACUUAUCCUUCCUCAGAGUUGAUAUAUCUAAUGAAUCAAGGAAAUUCUCGAAGUUAUAGCUUAGAGGAGGAGCUAAUGCGAUCUCAACAUCACCCAAGGUAAACAUUUGCAUUUACUAUAGCUAUUUAUCUUUGAUACGCUGAGUACUUUUUCCUGAGCUUAAAGAUGUAUUAUAGAGACAAAUGAUACUUUUGUAUUUGUUUGUAAUGAAUGUAUUCAUCAGAUUACUUUGUUUAUGCUAAACAUGUGGAACAAAUUCAAGUUUGUAUAUAUCGAUAUA